UAACAGAAGAAGACCAGGAUGUUUUGUUUCAUGGCGCGAAGGCGACUGGGCCAGUCCUACUUACAUAAAUAAUAACAUUUCAUUUUUUUAAUUUACUGCGUGACAGGAAACUAAAGCCUUUUAAAUGCGUAUGUAUAGACACUGGCUUAGUGAGUGGCGGUAGUUAGCUGAGUGGCUAAAAGGCGCUCGCGCUUUUUAGACUACCGACAGUGAAGAUUUCUCGGACUAAAGGCAGAAUGUCCGAAGCGAGCCGCGAUGUGUACAUGGUGAAAUUUGUUGAACGUAAUGCACAUAAAAGUGAGCUUGGCCUCAAGGCUUAUGAGGCCAUAGUGGAGCUGCAGUCUGAGAAAUAUGUGCAGACUAUUGAUGAAGAAGCCGUGCUGGAGUUGGAGCACAACGACAAGUCCUUGUACGUGUUCAGUGAUUUCACCAGCGAUGCAUUUGAGCACUGCAGGAAGCUGGGAUGCAGGAUAGUGAGUCCACUGGUAGUGCUGUUCUGCUUGCAGCAACAGCGGUGUGUUCCAAAGGCAGAACAGCCAGUUUACAACAUGGCCAUGGCUGAUGUUACAGUGUCUUGCACCAGUCUGGACAAAGAAGCACGGACAGAAGUGAUGGACUUGGUGCAGCUGAUGGGUGGGCGGGUCUACCGGGAUCUCAACGUGUCUGUCACUCAUCUGGUGGCAGGUGAGGUGGGCAGUAAGAAGUACCUGGUGGCAGCCAGCCUGGGGAAACCCAUCCUUCUGCCAACCUGGGUCAGAGCAUGCUGGGAGAAAUCUCAGGACAGUUUGUUCCGGUACACAGACCUGCGUUCGGAGGAUUACCAGUGCCCCGUUUUUAAAGGUUGCACUUUGUGUGUGACGGGUCUGUCCACUGUGGAACGUAAAGAAGUGCAGAGGCUGUGUGAGCAGCAUGGUGGGAGCUACACUGGCCAGCUUAAGAUGAACGAAUGCACUCACCUCAUUGUUAGCGAACCCUCAGGUCAGAAGUACGAAUUUGCAAAAAAGUGGAACGUGUACUGUGUCUCCAUUCACUGGCUCUUUGACAGUAUUGAGAAGGGCUUCUGUCAGGAUGAGAGUCGUUAUGCUGUCGAGAGAGAGGACAAAAGGAAGGAGAAACAUGGCAGACCCAACACCUCCACUCCUACUGGCUCAAAUAAGGCAGAUGGACCAUCUUUGCUUGGACUGAGUCAUAUCUCAAAUGUCAGUAUAAAUGUCAAUGAAACAGCCAUGACAACUGCAACAAUGAGCCGCAUAGAGACCGCAGAUCCAAUUGACACUUUUGAUGCUACCCUCUGUCCGGCAGAUGACUUAUUAGAUGGCUGCAAGCUGUAUCUGUGUGGUUUGGUUGGGAAGAGGUUGGAGAAACUGCGCCGGCUGGUAAACUCUGCAGGAGGCCUGCAUUUCAAUCAGCUUGGUGAAGAACUUACACACAUCUUGAUGGGAGAACCAGACCAGGAUGUCAAAAGCUUUCUUACCAAAGCUUCUCAUAGGCCGCAUAUCGUCACAGUUCAGUGGCUGCUGGACAGUUUUUCUCGUGGCUCUCUGCUACCAGUGGAAAAAUAUUUCCACCCUUCAUUCCUUCCACCUGCUCCAGCCCAAGUGGACAUUCCCGCCCCACGCCCUGCUACCUCACACCCUUCUAGGCCUUCUUUUGCUGCCCCACCUGCCCCCAGCCCUAAUCGACAUGCUAGGGCUGAGGAAGAGUUACUCUCACAAUACGUAGACAAUAAUCAGACUGUUGUGGAGAAACCUCCACCCGCAGAAAAGGAAAGCAAGACUUGUAGGUCUGAACUCCCAGUCCCAGAUGUGCCAGGGCAUGACUCCACUGUAGCUGAAUCCUCAGAGGGAGGCAUGUUUAUUGGAAAACGUUUCCUCCUUGUAGGUUUUGAUACAGAAGCAGAGGCACAGCUCUCAAUGCUGGUUGUAGAGAACUAUGGAAAGGUUCUGGUCGGCCGUUUCAGAGGCGUGGCCGAUUAUGCCAUUGUUCCUCUGCUCGGCUGUGAGGUGGAGGCCACAGUGGACGAAGUGGUCACCGAGACCUGGCUGGCAAUGUGUGUGGAGCAGCAGUGUAUUCUGCCAGUAUCAUCUCAUCCAUUGUUCACACCAGUCGUGGUAAAGGAGGGCUGCUCUCCUCUUCGAGACUGCGUGCUCUCAGUUAGCCAGUUUACGGGAGCAGAAAGAGAGUCUCUCAUUCAGCUUGCGAGACAUCUAGGAGCAAGCGUCCAGGAUUAUUUUGUGCGCACUGCUAAUCAGAGGAAAGGCAUGCUGGCUAGCACUCACCUUGUUCUGCAGACUCCUGAGGGCACUAAGUACCAGGCAGCACAAAAAUGGGGGCUGCCUGCUGUGACCAUACGCUGGAUCCUAGAGUCUGGCAGAACCGGAAAACAUGCCGAGGAGUCACGCUAUCUGGUGGAUCUGCCGCCAUCUCCUGAGCACAGCGAGGGCAGUUUCAUUGGCGCAUCUCAGAAAGUAGCAGUCCCUCCUGUGGCUAUGCGUCUUUCUCCAGAGAUUCCUCUGCUUGGCCCACAAAGCAGCGCUUCUGUAACACCGUUGGACACAGGCCGUCUGCAGAGCCGCACCGUCCACUCCGUCCUCCGCAAAAUGAAGAAAGGUGAGGAGGGAGCGGUGAAGGUUACGACCCCGGCUCAGGAAGAAAGCAGAGGGAGCUUGCAGAAAGAGCUUCAUCUUGACACGCCGUCUCGCUUCCUCAGUCGAGACAGGCUUUUUGGACCUUCGUUUAACAUCAAGGAUGUGUAUGACCAUUUAAAAACACCUGGUAAUAAGCCUCAGCAAGAUGCGGGAGCGGAGACUCCCCUAAGUGAGGUGAUCGAAAGGAAUUUGAAGGCGGCUGUGGCCAACAGCAACCGUAGUCAUGUCAUGAGCCUGGCUGCUCUGACUGCAAGUCCUCAACUGACCAAAGAGCCGGAACCUAAGAUACCUGAACAGGUAGAGGAAAAACCUUCAGCACCACUUGCCAGAGUGGUGGUUUGUGUGAGUAAGAAACUUAGCAAAAAACAGAAUGAGUUAAAUGCAAUGGCGGCAUCCCUCGGAGCAGACUUUAGGUGGUCUUGUGAUGAUUCGGUCACCCACUAUAUCUAUCAGGGUAAAGUGGGAGACAACACUAAAGAGUACAGGGGAGUGAAGGAAAGAGGCCUGCACAUAGUGUCCCAGCACUGGCUGCAGGCGUGUACAGAGGAGCAGAAACGAGUGCCUGAGUCACUCUACCCUUUUACCUUUAACCCCAAAAGGAGCCUGAUGCUAAGCCAAGUGACGGACAGCAACCAGAAAUCUCCUCCCCUGUCCACAACCCGCUCCAGUCUCCAAGCUCUCAACGAUGAUGACACACUGAUGAGUACUGAGGACAUAACAGCAGACAUUUCUACUCCUCAGAGAGAACCUGCAGAGAAAGAACCGACCAGCAGCAGCAGGAAAGACCUCACAGAAACUUUAGAAAUGAGGGAGAACUUGCAGAGGCAGCUACAGGAGAUUAUGUCCGCCACAAAGCUGACCAGUGGUCGACGAGCCUCCUCUAGAUUGGCCCGAGUGGGUUCAGAUGGUCUAGACUCCCCCCACACACCAGAGAUUUUGGGCCGAAUGGGGAGACGCAGCAGGACGCUGGAGGCCUUACGCAUGUCCCGUCAGGCUGCGGUGGAUGUGAACACAGAAGCGUCUCAGAGUGAGCAGAUAGUGUGGGAUGACCCUACGGCGAGAGAGGAGAGGGCAAAGCUGGCUGAUAACCUGCAGUGGCCGGGCAGCCCUUCCCAACAUUCAGAGCCUCUCGCCAUCCUCCCUCCACCACACACUGAUCAAAAUGCUCGGGACACCAUGACUGACUCUGAACUGGUGGAGAUGGCUGCCUGUGAUGUAAUAGAGGAGCACAUGAAAAGGACGGUGACGCCAUCAAGGGUUAACACUGAACAUAAAGUAGCCAGAAUUUCUGAAGCUCCUAGCACUGCUUUUCUCAACUCCAGAGCUUCAAUUCCAUUUGAGCUACAGAGUGAGGAAGAAAGUGAGAAAAAGGUGGUGAAGAAGGAGCCUCCACGCUUCCAGCUGUCUUCACUUAACCCACAGGAGCGCAUUGAUUACAGUCACCUCAUAGAGGAGCUGGGUGGUAUCUUACUAGAAAAGCAGUGUUUUGACCCCAGUUGUACUCACAUCAUUGUGGGUUAUCCACUGAGGAAUGAAAAAUACCUGGCAGCCAUGGCAGCUGGCAAAUGGAUCCUUCACCGCUCGUACCUGGAAGCCUGUCGUGCUGAGGGACACUUCAUACCAGAGGAGGAUUAUGAAUGGGGUAGCCACUCUAUUCUGGAUGCUCUUCCCUCUAUAAACUCCCAACAGAAGAGACUGGCGCUAGCAGCUUUGCGCUGGAGAAAGUCUUUGCAGGGUCGCACAGAAAAAGAGGGUGCAUUUGGUGGCUGGACAGUGAUGUUGAAUAUAGACCAGGCCAGAGAUGCCGGAUUUCGAAGACUGCUGCAGUCUGGAGGCGCAAAGGUUUUGCCAAGCCCAUCUCCCUCUCUGUAUAAGGAAACCACUCAUCUCUUUGCCGACUUCAGCCGACUGGGACCAAAUGAUGUGAGAGUGGAUGUGGCUGAAGCCAUGGGUUAUGGCGUUAAAUGUCUGAGGCCCGAGUACAUUGCUGAUUACCUCAUGCAGGAACCCUCACCACCAGUGGAUGCGUAUUAUCUUGUCGGAGCAGCGGCGAACGGGAUUCCUGAGAACUCGCACCAAGGCCAGAACACACCCUCACGCAAGCGCAAGGCCUCAGGGGACACAUCCGCCGUGAAGAAGAGUAGGGUUAGGUGAAAUCGUUUUUUAGCUCAGAUAGGUCAGUUAAAUGUGAAUUCGAACUCUUAAUCUAAUUAUAUACUUGUUUUUGUUUAAUGAAAAUAAAUGCACUUCUACUAAUUAAAAAAAAAAUAAUAAAGUGUGUCUGUUAAUAUCUUGGUCCUGCACAGAAUUUAACAUGAAGUCCACCAACGAAAUGAUCAGACUUGCAUAGAAACAAGCACAGAUUUAAAUGUAUGAAAUGGCAUUUUUCCAUCUGAUUUAAUGAAUCCAGGCUGUAAUUUGAGUACAGUUGAUAUUUUAGCUGUACGGGGGAAAAAGCAUGCACCUGCUAAUCUCUGUGUGUCAUAUUCCUACUAUAGAAUGUGUCCAAAUUUAUGCAGGUGUUGCAAAAGUGAGCGAAUAAAUGCAAAGCUUUCUGUGAACUACAACUAUAUUUUAGGAAAGAAAAAAUAUAAGAGAAGGAAUCGAAAAUGCAUUUUAGUAAAAGCUGCAUAUUGAACAUGUACCCAAAUAAAUUGUAUAGUUGUAUCAGUUUAA